CAAUGAACAUGAACAAGACCACUCCCAGCCCCGACCAAGACCAUCAAACCCCUGAAGAACAAAAAGACUUUCAGAAUAUUGAGAAGAACGGAAAAUGUACAGAGCAUCUUAAUGGAGAUUGCCGCCUUGAAGGUGAAUGGAAAUAAAAAUGAGUUACAUGGCAAGGUCACCUUCUUUUAUCCUGAUGGCAGCAGGAUUGAAGGGAUAGCUGAGGAAGGUGAUUUCAUCUCAGGCGCUUAUUAUGACCAUAAGGGUAAAAAGAUCAAGAAGCUUAAGGUAGACUUUGUGAAGAGAGAAGAAAUGCCUGAUUUCAAACAUGAUAAAGAUCCUUAUGAGAAGAGAUUUCUGAAAGUCAAAGAAGUUGAGGGAAAGGGACAGGGUCUUUUUGCUAAGAGGUUAAUCAAGCAGGGACAGCUAUGUUCACUUUAUUCUGGAACAUUAAUCCCUCAUUAUAAAGUUGACAGGAGGAGAUGGGAGUUCAACAGUAAUACAAUCGAAGCAGACCCGAAUUUUUCGAUAGAUGUACCUUCUCCAUAUCAUAAUCUUGAAGAGUACUCUGCCUCUUUGGGACACAAAGCUAAUCAUAGUUUUGAACCAAAUUCUAAGUAUGUGUUUUUGUUCCAUCCUAAGUUUGGGGACAUAAUGUCUGUGGUCGCCACCAAAGACAUCGAACCAGGGGAAGAAAUUACUGUAAAUUAUGGCUAUUCAAAACACGCUAGGGGUCCUAAAUGGUACAGGGAAGCUAGAAAAGCUUAUAGAAAAGAGCAAAAACAAAUAGAAAUAGCUGAAAGAAAGAGACAGAGAGAAGUCAGUAAGCCCAAAGCCAAAAUAACAAGCAAGAGAAGAAAAUUAGAAUAG